AGCUUGUGGUUCAAGCUCGUUCUUUGUGAAACCGCUACCCGGUAGCUGAUUCAUGACAUGUUUAUGCGAUCGUGCGAAGUUUAAUGCAGCGGACACUUUUAUGUUUUGUGAGCUUGCUCGUUGCGGAGCGUGCAGUGGGUCAUCGUGCUUACAGCGAUACUCCUUUGGAGCCAGAGGAUGCGCCAGAAGACUAUGAAGACUUUGUCGAACGGAAGUUGGACGCAGUCCCGGAGGCUCUGUGGCAGCCGGCAGGUUUCGCCUGCAGCGCUCCGGGGGAGUCGCUCUUGCUGCGGCACCAGGAAAACGCAUCCUGCUGCUCUUACACCAAAAACGCGAAGCGGCAGACGGCAUACCGAAGCAAGCGGGGGGCGAUACGCAGGGGCGAAAAGAGACGCUAUGCCCUUUACACCUACUGGAGUACUUACACAAGAACCACCACAACUUCAGCUGGCCCACCUGGCACACCCGGCCCACCUGGCCCAUCUAGCUCAUCGCGACCUGGUGAUACUACUGUGACCACUACCACAUCAGGAGUAUGUACAAUACCAUUUCCUAGUGGCUGUCCCGAGUUCAAGAUCGGUCAUCCUACAAGAUGCGGCGUGAACGACGUGCUUCUGCGCCGAUUCUACGACGGCAUCGUGGAUGAGCAGUGUUGCGAGGCAACCAGACUUAGCUGUUCUGGCUGCGGCGACUAUGACAAAGCCAACGACACCUGCAAGAAGUGUGAGGAGGGCUACAUAUUGACCUCUGACGGCCACUGUGAUGUUUGCCAGGAUAUGCCGGAAUGGACCGAUGGCAGCGAUCGCGGGUGCGAGUUCUAUGGCGGCAAGGACGGCUUCUGCGCCCACGGUGCGGUCACAGAGAAAACCAUCGCCGAGUCCAAGACGAAGACAGCGGUGGCGCAGUUCCUCAACGAGUCCGAAAGUUGGGUGCGGAACGGCCUCUCGGCACUGGCUGCCUGCUGCGUCUGCGGCGGAGGGCUGCCGGGACUGGCGCCCUUCGUGUACCCAGUGCUCAGUCUCCCGUCGGGGAGUCCCGUGCGCAUCGCCCCGCUGCCGCGGGUGGCGUCGAUCUAUUCCUCGAAGAACUGCAACCUCCACGGACUUGGCUUGAGCAUCAACUACUCUUCGGGCAUCAUAUCAGGCGAGCUGAUUGAUGACCCUCGAGACAUCGACUGUGAGAUCCUGGCACACAGUCGACAUGGCCUCGAGAUAAAGGCCCCGUUGAAGCUGAGCUUCGCAGACUUUACUUACGGCAUGCCCACGCUUACCUUCAAGCCUGGCUACAAUUACACCGUGCAGACGAGGAAAGAGCACUCCUUCCGGGACUUCGACAUGAAAUGCACACCUGAGCUGCCUUGGCUGAAGAUCAACUUCUUCACUGGCGAGCUGAUUGCUGACUCCAACCCGUCCAACGCCACGGGGCCGGUCCUCUUGCCCCGCUACGGCCGCUGCACUAUCACUGCGGCGCGGCGGGUGUGCGCCAGCGAUCGAUUUGUAAUGGACGGGGACAAGCUUGAUACCUGCGACCACAGCAAAGCGCCUGAACUCUGCGAAGAGAAGUGCUGGUGUGACGAGUGCUGGAAUGAUCCGGUGCCCAAAGACAGCAACGACAGGUGCUGGUAUUGCUUCAGGAACUCCAAGCCAAUCAAGCCGUCCGCGUGCGCCUGCUGCGACUACCGGCAGCGGCCGGACAAGACGUGGCGGCGGCCAGUGCCGCGCGGCUGUAAUGAUGAGAUCCGCAGCAGUGAGCUGACCAUGGAGGUGCCCUAUGAGCAGAACACCCUGUUUCUGGUGCAUUCGGACAACCCCGACGUGGCCCUCACCUCCUUCCCGGUGGUGGUCAGUGAGGAGGUGCCAGAAUACAAGUUGGUCACCUCCCUGGACAAGCACCAGAGUGACGCCUCGGACUACCCAACUGCCUUCCACUUCGACUGUGGAGAGAACACCGCGCAUGAUGAGACGACAGACGCGGUGCUCUACCAUGGUCACGAGAUCUUCCGGGUGGUGAAGGGCCAGCUCCUCUCGCAGCCCAGCCCCGGACUUCUGCGCAGCUGCGACGAGGGCACCGGUCGGUGCAGGAAGCAGUUCAAGUGCUAUGCCUACGGCUCGCUGCCAGAGUCCAAGACUUUGGUGAUGACCAGCUUUCGCAUCACCGUUUGGGACAACACGUGCUGGGCCAAAGGUGAUGCCAAGCACUACCAGGAGGCCUUCAGUCCCGUCGUCGCUUCGCCGAUGAACGAAGAUCAGUGCCGUCUCCGCUGCCGGGAAACUGGUUCCUGUGCCGCCUUUGGCUUUGCGGCGGACCGCUGCUUGUUCCUUCGGCGCAACAAGCCGGGCACGCGUCCUCAGGUCAGGCUGCCAACUGAGACACAGGUCUUCUUGAAGGUCCGGAACUGCAGUCUGCUGUCGCGGUGCAUCCACCUCAACGUGCCGGGCGCAGCUUACCUCUCAGGGCAGUACUGUCCCAAGAGUGUGCGGGACCGUGGCUUUCCUCUCUACCAGCUGGAGGGCCCCAGCCGAGAGGCCAGCUUCUAUGUCCAGAAAGUGCAAAAGGACCGCGAAGUGGAAGCAGCCGCUGCCUGCCCUGAUGCCAAGUGGCUGCUGCGCCGCUUCUCUUCAGAGGACAUUGUACAGGAGCCCACGAAGGAAGCCGUGGGCCUGGUGGAGCUCCGGGGCAAGGUGCUGUUGUGCAUUGACACGGAUCUCAUUGAUGUCGUCUCGAGAGGCGACACGGAAGUGAGCCUGUCCGUGGCCACAGACGCGUCAGAGAACGUGAAGGUGGACUUGAAGGAUGGCGAAGGGUCGCUGAACUCCACCGUGGACAUCAAGGUGCAGACGUGCAGGAAUCCUCUCUACGAGCGUGCGGAGCUCCUCAAUGAGCACAACAUCAAGGACGAGCUGGCGGAUCCUCUGCAGGCAGAGCAGGUCUUUCGCUUCGAUGAUAUGUCCACGAAGAUGAAGGACGACUAUGUGCUUGGCCCCUGUGACUGCCCACAGGAGGUCUUUGAUGAAGUCUUCCAGGAUGUGACGUUGCCGCCGGGAUCGAACAACCGCUUCACACCUCCUCCGCAACUGCUGGCAGAGGGCGGGAUCACCUGCUCCGCCGAAGACCUGGGGCACGUGGAGUUCGUAGAGGAGGAUAAGUGCCAAGUCGUUGCCCUGAACAAGAAGAUGCCGUUUUACUGGUUUGGAGACUACAACGGCCAACGGAUUUGCCGCCUCUACACGAAGUGCACGCGCCUGGAUAUUGAGGGCUCGGCCAACGGAUUUCUGUAUGGCUUGACAUUCGAUCAGAAGCACUGUGCCAUUGCCGAUCCUAAGAAGUGCUGGGAGGAGGAGAAGCGUCGCCAGUUCCUGACUGGCUACACCUCGCGGACCUCUGGCCCAGAGUGCGCGUUCCAGGAUGUGCUGCGCGCCUGCGAGCUGAUGCGGCUGGCGGACCUGGCCAAGAUCCAGCAAUGUGGCCAGUGCCAGUACGCCCACGCGCACUUCGUCUCCCCGAGACAACCGCUGCCGGAGAUGUUCGAGCCUGGCACAGAGUUGUCCUUGAGCUGUCAUCCAGAGAGAUACCGCGGCAUGCAUCGUGAAGACUCGGAGCUGUGGGACGAUGCUGUGCUCACCUGCGUGGACGGCCACUGGAUGGACCUGGAUGCAAAGCACUCCUUGAUGAACUUCGUGUGUGAGCCUGGCGUGCAAGUCACCUCCUCGAAGAAAGCGAGCUUGGUGAAGAAUCAGCAGGCUGGUUCAGAGAGUUCGUGGUGGCAACGGCACUAUGGCUAUGUCAUCCACAAUUUCGUGAAACGCACCACGAACAAUGCCACGAUUCGGGAGUGCCUGAAGCCGAUCUUCAGCGACGGCAAGCGGCCGCUGCACAAAACCCUGGAGUUCCCGCCUUUGCAAGUGCACGCGGACCUCACGAAGCAGCUCUCCCCCGCCACAGAGCGGCGCCACUGGCCUGAGAGAUUCCCGGGGGAGGAUGCCACGGAGGCGCAGCAGUGUGCCCCGGGGUUGCUCAAGGACAAGACUUGCACGCCCCAAUGCAGCGAGCAGGUGCCAGCAAAGGACAUCAUUUUCAAGCAAAGCAGCGAGAAAGGUGCAACGUCCACCGCCCAGUGCGAUGACGGAUACCAUCUCGUGAGCGGUGGCUGCAGUGCGCAAGGGAAAGUCAGCCGGCCCAAGAACAACUCCUGGGUGUGCGAGUCGGAAGAGCAGACGCAGGCCUUCGCCUUCUGCGCGCCCUUCGCGGCAGUGGUGGUGGAGGCCAAGGGAGCUGCGGAGUGCCCCGAGGGCGAGCUGCUGGUUGGCGGCGGCUGCGCUGGGAGCGAAGCGGUCAAGGUGAGCCAGCGCGAGGGGCCCAGAAGGUGGCAAUGCGUCGCCGACUCCGAAGUCACAGCUUUUGCCAUGUGCAUCGACCUGGACUUCGGGGUGGAGGUCCAGGUGCACGAGGCCUACAACCGGAACCGCAGCUCCAUGCUGGUGGCUUGUGGCUCCGACCGCCUCAUCGGCGCAGGAUGCCACACCGCGGGGAGCCUCACGAAGAGCGAGCCUUUCCGCGGCGACGGCUGGAGCUGUGAGGCCACGGAGUCGGUGGACGCGUGGGCCGCCUGCGUGGACAAGGACACGGCGGGGCUCCUCUCCUGUGGCGAAGCAACAGUCCCAGCGCUGAGCGGCGAGAUUGGAUCCUACUGCGACCUGCACGAAGACUGCAAGCAGGGCUUCACCUGCUUGGCCAACCGCUGCUAUGAGCCCUGCUUCACCACCACCAGAGGGACCUAUUUCUUCUACGUGCCGCGGAAGCGCAAAUACCUCUGCGACUAUGGAGAUCAGCAGCCUAUCCUGGACUGGACUCGCAAUCAGAACCGUCAGAUGGAUCCCUACCUCAUCAAGGUGGGAUUCUUUGGCUCCGAGGGCGUGAAGAUCCCGGAGCUCUACUGGGACAACUCUGAGGAUGACGUGAAGCAUCAGUUGAUCUGGCUGACCAACAUGGACGGUCAGAAGGAGUGCCCCAUGCAUGCAGACUUCAUCAAUUUCAUCAAUGCCAAGGCUGUGGCGGAGAAGCCGAGCUAUGUCAAGCCGUGGUUUGUCGCGUGCAGAGGGAAGUUUUACCACCAGGGCGACAUCACCAUGCCGCUCUGCGGUCAGGUGGACUGCCCCAACGGCACAAGAUUUAUGGGCCGGAUUCCGCAGCAGGCGGCCAAAGCCUGCGAUGGCUUCACACUCUGCGAGGGCCAACUGAAAGACUUUGGCGAGGAGGCCACCUUGAUCCGGAUCGGCUGGGACGCCCCGUGCGAGGGCAGCUUCAUGGGCUUCUGGCAAGGACCUGAAGGGCCUGAUCGCUUUGAAGCCUCCCUCUGCAAAGUGCCGCUGGUGGAUGCGGCCUCCCUGCAGUUCCGCACUCCCGGCUGUCCGGCUGGUCAGGUCUACAGGGCUGCUGCGACGGAUGCGUCCCCGAGCUGCGUGGCUUGCCCGGGCGGCACCUACCGCGCCUCCGGGCAAGAGGACUGCCGGGCGUGCCUGCCUGGCUUCCACUCCCCGCCGGGAUCCCCGCGCUGCUUUCCCUGCCCACCGCACGCGGCCUGCGAGGCGGAUGCCCGAGGCUGGAACGUAACGCUGUCCUUAGAGGAGGAGACCAUGAAGAAGAUGAGAAACCUCUCGAAGGCGCAGGUCAUCCUGACCUUUGGGGUGGAUGACGAAGGAGGAGGUUGCUUAGUCAACGGGAACGAGCUGAAAGAGUUGCGGAAGCUGUCUGGCAGUUCCGAAGCAGCCUGGGGUAUGGACAUCAACUUUACGGACCCUGCCGUGACGACAUUGACCUUGCAUGCAAAGAGCGUGAAACACAGCUGCUGGCCAAAGACGCUGGAGGUGGCGGAGCUGCCGGAGGUCAACUGGCUGAAAUGUGAUGAGGACAAGCAGAAGGAUCAGUGGAGGAUCAUUUCGACACCCUCUAUGCAGUGGCAGGCAAGAUUGGAAUUCAUUGGCGAGAGCCAGGGCGGAUACUGUCUCAUCAGUACAGAGGGCGUGCUGAAGCCUUGCGGCCGGGACGGCAGCGAGAGCUUCCCGUUGGAGAUGCUGCAGCAAGACGUGGCCACCAGCGCGCUGUCGAACGCCCCCAAGUUCCAGGACAGCGAGUGUCAGCAGGUUGCCUUUAAGGAGGAAGGCAGCUCGACAAAGCAGAAGGAGUUCAAAGAGGAGGUGUACUGGAGUGGUGUGUGCGCGGCAUGCCCUGCCGGAUGGUGGCAGUGGAAGCAUUGCACGAGGGGGGGCGCGAUCGUGAAGUCGAAACCCUGCGGCACAUGGAACCUGUGGUGUGAGGGCCAAUGCAAAAUUGUACCUCCGGUGAAAGAGAACGUGUGGUACUCCUUUUUGGCGAACAAGUUGGAGGCGACUGGAUGCUCCAAGCAAGUCAUGACCCGCUUCUCCAUGCAAACAGCGAAUGUGAAGAAAUGGUCCUCCAUUCCGAUGCCUCCAGGGAAUGGCAAGCUUGAGGACAUGUGCGUCGACGAAACUACGACUUGCGGCGAGCCGAGAGAAGAGGCUGCCAUCUCCUUGCGGCAGGCGCCGGCGCACAAGGUGACGUGCCCAGCAAACAUGGCCCUGAGAAGCUUCAGGUUUGAACACUGCGGCAAGCUGCUGGGGGAAGUCCGCUUCAAAGCGCAGUGCUGCGUGGUCAUCGGCCUGGGGUCCUGUGAUAUCGUGGAGACGCCCUGGAUUCAGGUGAAAUUCAAAGACACUGAUGGGGCAGACUUCUUCAACAAAGCGGAAGUGAGCUGUGAGGAUGGCAGCGUGCUGACAUCCCUGGCGAUCGAGACGGAGGGUGAAGCAGAUGCAGGGAGUGCCCGCUACGUGUACUCCUGCUGCCGGAUCCCGGCGAGCAAGCCCGUGAGCAUCGAGACGCUGCGGCCCUUCGUAGAUGGAACGUUGGAAAGCUAUGAAGGCAUCUACUUCCCAUCUGGCAAGGUUGAAGGCCGCAUGCAGAUGGAGUCCUAUCACCUCUAUAAGGCAGCCGGCCAGCCAAAGUGGAAGCUUGUAUUCGACAAGUUCCUGGGGGAGUGGUGUAUGAAUGGCCCUGAGGAGAGCUUCUGCGCUAGAAGCACUGCGACACAUCCGCUGCAGCUGAACUUCGGCAUCAUUGAUAUCACGAAGCUCGCGGCACCCGCCGCUGAAGCAAGCGAGGAGAAAGUGGCGUCGAACAAGAAGUCGCUGGGCCCUGCGCAGGCUGAGGAAGGCCAAGUCUUCCACGUGAGAGCGGCGGAGAUCACCAAGUUCGACCUCGGCUCCCAGCGCGCCUGGUUCCCCGUGGUGCCCAAGUACAAGCCCUACUGCGCCUUCCGGGCUCCGGAUGGGGACGACUACGAGAGUGAAAGCCAGAUGGACGAGGAGCAAGCGUCCGGCUGGGGCGUGGACCGACGCCAGAAGAUCCGCGAGAUCAACAGCGAGGAGAACCAGAAGCUGCUCUCAGGCACGAAGGAAGGAUGGCACCCUUGCAACAAGUAUUUCAACUCGCCUGCGGGCCUAGAUCGAGCGCCCUUCGAAGAGGAAUAUGGUUGGCAACGUCAUUUGGAGGUCGCUUACUCAGCGGCCACCUAUAGCGAAGAUGACGGAGAUGGCGGAGAUGGGGGCGGAGAUGGCGGAGAUGGGGGCGGAGAUGGGGGUGAUGGUGAGGGCGACGGCAAGUGGAUCUUUGACAAGGCGAUGGAAGCUGAAGAACUGCAUCGGGACAGGGAGGAGCUGAAAACGAUCUCUAGGCCUGACGACCAGGAUGAAAAAGGCUUCACCGUCCAGUCUAUCGUAGCGUGUGCGAAGCGGGCCAAGAAGCGGAACUUGGCCCUGAAAAGGAAGACCUUCAAGUUCAGAGCAAGCAACUUGGGCCUGGAUUUGACGGAGAAACUCGCCCCAGCGCUGUGCAACUGGAUCCCCAAUGUGGAAGUCGUGGCAGCGCCUUUGGGAAUCGGCACUGGCCUCACGCUGCCCCUUUCCGACAUUUGUUCAUCGUCGCAGGGGGUGGUUCUGGAGAAAACGAGAGGCUUCCUGCAGGCGAAUAUGGAUGCCUACGAGGAUUGGAAGGAGGAGAAUGAUAUGGCUGACCGCGUAGUUUGUGGCCGAGGUGAACAGUUCAGCUUGUACAAGGCCUUUUGCGACCUUCACUGUAUAGAGGAUGCUGUCCUGAAAGGCAACAUGGCGGUCCUGAAGUCCAUGAAGGGAUUGGAGAGGCAUCUCCUGGAAGUCACGCAGAAUAUGCUGCAUCACUACAUCACACAAGUGACGGACGACUUUGCUGAGAAGUUCAACCAGCUGGGCCAAUAUCAGCAGCAGGCCUCGCUGAGCGAGCUCGGUGCCACGCAGUACCGCGACGGCUUGUCGAAGUCGCUGCUGGAGACCGCCCUUACAGAAGCAGACCCAGAGCAAGCGCUCCACAGGCACUUGGACAGCCUGCGGGGGAAGCUGGAUGAGGCGGCGGCCUGGCUGCACAGCGAUGGCACUGCCAAGAGCGACGGCCAAAGCUCCGUGCUGCAGCUGGCGGUGAACUCGACGCAGGAGGCGCGGCUGCAGCGGGCGGUGGCCGCUACCGUGGAGAGCUUGGCGCGGCUCGCAGCGGAGCUGCACGGGCAGCGCCACUCCGCCCACGACCUGGGCCUCAAAGAGGACCAGGCCGUGGACAUGCUGAGGAGCACCGGGCGGCUGCUGGCGCACCAUGUGCAAACGCUGAAGGCGGCGCCCAGCGCCUCGGCGGCCGCGGCUGCGGCGGAGAAGGCGGCCAGGACCCUGCAGCAGGCGCACGGGCGGCUGAAAGGCCAACUCAGGGAGACGGCGGCCCAGUCGAUGCAGCGGCGCGCCGGCUCGUUGCUGGAGCCGGCAGGAGAGCUGUUGAUGUCACACAUGGCCACCGUCUCCGAGGCCGGCGCGAGCUUGGCCUUCUUCCGCGAAGAGCAGAGGCUGAUCAUGUCCCGCGUGUCCAGCUUGCAAGAUCUUAGCGACGAGGUGGAGAUGUUGGCUGCAGCGGAGCUCCUGGUGAAGUUCGACGCAGAACUGGCGUCCUCCCACCACAGCUUCUCUCAGUUCGUGGCCGCAGGGCGUGAGUACGUCAAGGGCAAGUACGAAGUCAUCCGCAUGAUUCAGGAGGCUGUGCAGGCAACAAAGCAUUGCCGCAGCAGCUUUUCGCUGAAGACCAUUGCCAAGAAGAUCGCACGGGCAGACAAAGCCCACCUCUCCAUGAAGACAGCGUUGAAUACUGCCUGGAGCACCACGGCGCUGAGCUUGACGCGGGUGGGGCAGCUGCUCAGCGAGGGCGGGCUUCUGUUGCACUUCCUCCGUGUUGCCAGCUUGGAUGUGAACGCAUCUGUGGAUGGCAUCCGAGCUGGCACGGUCUCGGAGGCGCUUCUGGUGCUGGAGCCGGCGCUGGCUUCAGCGCUGGGCGUGGGCUUCGCCGCCUUUCUGCGGCAGGUGAAGCGGGCCUUUCUGAUGAGCUCCAUUCUGCUGAAUGCGCUGCAUGACAACUUCUUGGAUGCGCCGGACGAGGACAUGCACUCCUUGGUCUCCUCUUGGGGCAUGGUGCAGCAGGCUGCGCAGCAGCUGCUCGACGGCUUGCAAGGCGGCCCACUCCGGCAGCAACUCCUUCUGUCAGCGCUGAUGCGGCACCUGUCCGCGGCGUCCUCGAGCGUUGCCGAGACCUUCCCAGCUCCAGUUGCCUGCCGCCACAACGGCGAGGCCCUGUGGAAGCUCGACGGCAAUGUUGCCACCCUGAUGAGCGACGCCGGAGCAUUCCAAUGCGACCUCGCCACAGGCCAUCGCCACCCCAUCCCGAAGGAGCUGCUCUUGCAGAAGCCGAAGCCAGGUCUCUAUCGCCUGUCUCUGGAGCUGUGAGGCAAAGUUUAAGUGCCUCUGGACGUCACCUCUUGGUUGCACACGCGGAUGUCCGUGGUUGCGCCAAGGGGACUUUCCCUGUGAGGGAAGCUCCCUCUAUUCUAAAUUCGGCACUGGGUUGUAUCACAUUGGGCAUUUCCCAGAUCCUGGUAUUGCUCGGGGCUCUUAGCUGAUGAUUCAUUUUCAAGGGAAGCAGGCAGCUUCACAGCGUCUGGAGGAUUUGCCGCACGGCAAACCAUGAGAGCGCAGCAAAAGGGCCCGGUCGAG